AUGAGACAAGCGUGCUUUCAGACGAAGAAGUGAUUUCUUUAUCACGCGGACAACCACACGGCGACCAAACCACCGGGUCUGAACCUGCAGGUACAAGAACUUCGUACGUGAUCGAUAUAAUUUACCGCGGUCACUGUCUGUCAUGCUGUUCUUGCAUUCAUGCUUCUUUUGAAGAUUUGCCAAGACUCAAACUCAGUUGAUCGUGUUCUUCUCCCCGCCACCCAAGAAACGUAACAGGUACAACGAGCUCGUAUCACGAACAGAUCGCGCGCGAUGGUGGAGCGACCUCGAGUUCCCAAUUGCAGGGUGCUGACAGGAGAUUUCGCUUCAGGUAUUUUUAUAUCAAGUAUAUUUUAUUCCCUGAAAAGUGCUAGUCUGCGAUGAGGAUACGGCAUACCUGCAUGUGAUGUUGAGCCGUGAAUAGGCCUACAAUGCUUCUCCAGUAGUUUGGAAUGAAUUCUAAAAUGAAACCACAUCAGAUCACCAUCCCCACCGAAAUCUCCCUAUGGUUGGGUUUUGGCUGCACCGAACGAGGUAAGAACUCGCUUCCUGCUCGGAGAGCAUGACCAGAGCGGUUGGAGGCUGUGCUUUCGCGAUGAAAAAAUCGUCAUUUCUUUUUCGUGAAGGCAUGCUUGCGAGUUGUACCAACAUAUUACAUUCUGAUGAUGUAGUAGUGAUGCUCUUUAUAUCAAGCGAUAGUUUUUUAAAGUUUAAGUUUUAUUUCUCUCAUUCCUUCUUGAGCAAGUCCGUACAAACAAACAUGUCUUUAAGUGGUCAAAAUCCAGAUGGUCUUGGAAUGCUGAUUUUUCAUAGAACGACCAAGAAUGUUGGGAGUCGUUCUACACGCUCCUGCCGCUGCUCCUUAGCUGGCUCGAAGGAUGUUCCUGUUUUCGAAAUGCCUUCUUCUACGGCGCUCGGCGCAGGGGGCUAGAUUGUUCUUUGCCUCGGUUUUCAUGAAGCUCUUCAGAU